AUGCUUUUCUCAGUCUCCAUGCUUUCUCUCGCCUUCGUCGCGACCAUGGCGUCUGCAUCGUCCAUCGACAACACCCAGAUGCAAGCCGUUGUUCUCGUGAGUUUCGCUUCACUUCUACUGCGCUUUCCUCUGGCUUCGAGGCGACUUCUCCUCGAGCGGGGUCCUUGAACUAGCGCGCGCCGGUCGCCGACGCUCCAGCACGGACCCCCUAUCCUCCCAAGCUCCGAAGCCGCGCACUGGCGCCGGUCCGUCGUCGGCUUCGGCUUCGGAAGUGGGCCCGCACGCCCCUACAUCGUUCCGUCCGGUUCAGUCGUAGUGCACUCGCUGCUCUCGCUAGUGUCGUGUUUCCCGGCCUGUCGGUCGACCUUCGACUUGCGUUUCAUUUCCGUGCACAGCUCGCGUUCGCCCGACGACGACGACGAACGAUGUCUUCCAAUCUCUCGUUGAGGGGAUCCUUUCCUCAUUUGGGGUCCACGCCCAGGGCACCCGCCAGGUGCCUGGUAGCCUUGAUCUGAGACACGGCGCAUCCCGGGUGACGCCUGGGUUUCAAUCGGCCGAUUUGCGCUUACCCUAAUCCUAAUCCUUGAUCGAGCGUACUAACCCCCUUUUUUUCCCCUUUCGGCUCCCUUUUUCCUGCCCCCGUUCUUUGUUGCUCUACGCACGGCCCUUCAUACUAUUUCGCUCGCAUCACGGAUCGCAUCCCAUCCCUACCACCACAUUUUUUUACUACUACUCGACAGGCCUCGCAAGCCAAAGUGAGCGGCUCCUACACGUUCAGGAACGUUCAGACCGGAAAGUGAGUUGUCUCUUACGAAUUUUCGAACUGCGGGGCGAUCCUCGAUUCAUUAUCGGGGCGUCCCUCUUUGCGAAUUAGCUGCAAUUUCGCGAGCACCCCGGUCUCAUCUUCGUUUAAAAUUGGCGCUGACGGGCGAGCGCCUCUUCGCAUUUGUUUGUCUCCUCUUCUGGGUGUUUCUUUGCGCGUCAUUCAAUCAGAUACCUACAAUUCACUCGGUGAGUUACCGUCCCUACAUCAUUCUUUUCUAUCAUAAUCAUCAACGCCUUCCCUUCCACGGCCUUGAUGCAAACCACACAUUUCUGCGCGCGCGCGGGUUCGCCACCACCGGUUCCCGGCCAAGAAUCUGACCCGGUCUCUGGCCGCUCGAUCACCUUCUCCGUCCCGUCCCUUCCAGUAACUCCGGCAAAGCCAACGUCUACACCCAAUCGUCCAAGAAAUCCGUUUCGCUCAAAUGGACCCGUGUCUCCGGCUCGAGCGGUAAAUCCAAGGGCUCCUGGCAGGGCGUGAGCAUCGCCGAUGGCAGUUCCGUAAGUCUCACUCAGCUCGGCAGUCCCGCUUGUCCCGCUUCGGCUGGCGGAGAAAUUGGCCCGCGAGUCAUUUCGGCGGCCGGCACCUCGACCUCUGUAGCAAUUCGAACGUAGCCUGACACGCGUUGCAUUGCAUCUAAGCUCAUCUAUGAUCAAACUGUUUAGAACGGCAAAUGCUUGGCGGCUCAAUACGGCAAGCAGAACGGUCAAGGCAAGGACAUUGCCGCGGUCGCGUACGCUUGCCGAACCUCGGGCGAGUCGGUUGCGAAGCAGGUGUGGGCCCUCGUCCCGUGCGGCACCUCGUCGAGCGCCAUCACCUUCUCCAAGAAAGUCUCGCGUCGUCGUCGCUCGCUCGAUCUCGAGGACAGGGCCAACAACGCCGCCAUCACCGAGCCCGUGGUCGUCGACGAGGACGAGGACGAGGACGAGAACGACGUCGAGGAGUCGCCCCUCUUCACCGAUGAAGACGUCGCCGAGUACACCGAGACCGACGAUGACGCCGACUUUAAUUUGGGCAAGCGUGGUUCCAGCUCGACCUACUGCAUCCUCACCCACGACCACCUAUUCGACCAAAGGGCGAGGGCCGUCGGCAGCAAAGCCGUGAAGAGCGCCGGAGGUUUCACCAGCCAGGGUAUGGUCGACUUCAACGCCAAGGACAAGUCGCAAUGGUGGGCCGUUGUGUCAUCCCGAUCACAUGGCCUGGUAGUGAAACCCGGGAUUGCUCGAGCCCCCUCUUGGCGGAAAUAG